AACACCAUACAGUACUCAUUUGUCUCUUUUCUAAUAUAUAUAUAUUAUAAUAAGAGCAAUUCAAACCUCACAAAAUAUCUUCAUGCAUCCCUUGUACUUUUUUUUCUUUUUAUAUUAUUUGUGUUUGUUUGCUUUCCUCUAUUCAUUCUUUUCCUAAUUUGUUCUCUUUGAUAAUUUGUCCAAACUCCAAACAUUUCCCUUUUUUUUCUUCUCUUGCAACUCACAGUAGCAUAUAUAUAAUAUAUAUAGCACACAGUACAAUAAUAUAAUAAUAUGUAUCACAGUCACCAGUAUCCUCUUCCUUGUUUGUAUUGCCACCCACACAGCUAUAUCAGGAUGGUUCAGAAUCUUAUAGAGAGAUGCCUGCUAUUUCAUAUGAGUCAAGAUCAGUGCAUAAAGGCACUAGCUGAACAUGCAGGAAUCAAGCCACUUGUUACACUUACAGGUCCAUAUUAUAUAAACCUUAUUAUUAAUGAGUUUUCAAUUUCAUCACUAUGUACACAUAUAUGUAUUUAUUUGCAUGUUGUGAAAUUAAGUCUAUGUUACAAAUUUGUGCAGUGUGGAAAGAACUGCAAAAGGAGAAUAAGGAAUUCUUUAGGGACUAUUUUCAAGUUACUACUCCCACCAGAAGGCCAUUCUUCAGUAGAUAUUGUAAAAGGGGACCAAGUUCAGCAAGAAGGAAAAACUGGAAAUAAUAAUGUAUAAUUAAUUACCGGAUAAUUAUAAUUAAUCCAAAAGGGAAUGAAGGAAUAGUGAUUUAUAUAUAGCUGAUGAUGAUGAAUGGUUAAAAUUAAUUAGUUAAUGAUGGUUUGAUCAUGUGACUACUGCUGCUUAAGUAAACAGCUAUAUAUAUAGUUAGUAUCCAAUUGAAUAUUGAUUGAUGAUGAUGUAUUAUUAUUGUAGCAGGAAAUUAAAAGUGAUGAAUAAGAUAUCUAUAUACCCUGCUACUUUAUGA